AUGUCGUUUUCGGGAACUUCGUGCCCGCUGCCGUUCUUGAGCAGGGACAACUAUACUUCGGGAGGAGGAUACAUCGGAGGUCGCUUUUGUAGUGAUGAGUGUUGUCUGCCUUGUCCACUGACCGAAUUGGUGUAUUCCGACGCAUUUCCUACCCACGAGCUAGCGGCCGAAUGGCUCAGUGUCGUCAGUCUGAGCAGCAGCGUCUUUCUGCUACUGACCUUUUUGAUCUUGGCUCCUGAGAAGAGUCAUCGCCACUAUCUCAGCGUAGGCCUUACAGUCGCCAAUGUCCUUCUGCAGCUGGCUCUCAUCGUUCCGCUAGCGUCAAAGCCUUCCAUGUGCUACGAUGACAUUACCCCCAAUGACAUGUAUUCGGACUUGUCGUGCGCUUUCUCUGGAGCCUUGCUUCUAUGGGGAGGUAUGGCUUCCGUUUGUUGGGUCUUGUCUCGUUCACUAUGGACCCACCUGAGGGUGUGCUGGAAUAUCUCGGACACACGACUCUUUUUGAUCGCAUCUCACAUCUUCGGUUGGGGAAUCCCUACUAUCCUCACUGCAGUCUGCAUGAAGUACACUGGGGUUUCCUAUCGUUUGACGAUCGUCUGUCUGCCCAACGACAAGCACACAUUCACCACCUAUUUCGGCUGGAUGAUUGCCUUUGCUAGUCUGGCAUUCAUCCUGCAAGUAGCGACCAGUUUUUAUUGUCUCUACAUCUAUUUGAUGAAUGUAUGGAAGACUCAUUCAUCGUCACCAUCGCGUGCCACGGGCACCUCGAGCGAACUUCCUACCAGUGCAACCACAGGCGGCACGUGGGACAAGCCUUGGAAGGCGACUCGCCAACAAGCAUGGGCUCGAGUACGUAGGGUCUUCGUACUGCAGUGGCGCAACAUCACGCUAUGUCUGCUUGUCAUCGCUGUUGUUGCUAUGCUCUCGGGUGUCUUUGUGAGUCUCAACACAUCCCUGGCGAGAGACAAGGCUCGUGGUUUCCGUGCAAAGGAGAUUGCAGGCUGGGCCGCCUGUCUUGUCAUCACGCAGGACAAGAACAAGUGCCUACCAUUAGCCAAACAACUUGGUAUAACAGAGGCAGCCAUCUCAGCAAGUCUGAUCGUUUGUGCUUUGACCGGGCUCAAGAACUUCUUAUUGCUCAUGCGCUGGAGCACUCUCGUGGCUUGGUAUGAGCUACUUCGCGGUGGUAGGAAACGCCGUGACAGCGAAGACUUCCUCAAUGCCGAGCCUCGCCGUAUCACCUUUGAUCAACCGCUCGAGUCAGAGACAAAGAAGAACGACCUUUCGCCUGUUGAUAGUCCUCUCUCGGAGUGCUUCCCCGGCAGAGGUCCUGAAUCCACUCACAAUCGCGACUCGCUUGGCGGAGAUUCGAUUCAGCACAGAUUGGAUUCCGACACACCAGCUCCGAUUCAUCCAGGCAGGACAUCCAUUUUCAUUGAGCGUCCUUCCGAUCUAGAGGACAACCCACAUCUAGAUAAAGAACAUGGAAGAGUGAUAUAG